CCCGCCCUCGCUGGGCUCUCUAUUUUCCCGGGGAGGCGAGGCGAGGAAGCAUUGCAAAGCAAGGCCUGCAAUCCGGGACAGCAACUAUGGUUUUGUGGAAACCUGUUGCGGAAGAUGUGGCUGCAGGAAUAUUCAGUUCCCGUUGAAGUAGUCACGCUGGAAUGGAUGCUUCCGAAAGUGCCCGCUUUGAGCCGAAAUUGGGAGCCAAGUCCCCUGCCGUUGAGGAUGCCAGCCGGGCGCCGCAAGAGGAGAACGGGGCCGCCGACCGCCUCUCGGAGCGCAGCGACCCUUCCUUUGCCACGGCUGAGCCGAGCCGGCCACAAGGCAAGCUGAAGAAAACAGCCUUUAAGCUCUUUGGUGGGAAGAGGAGCAUUUGUACCUUGCCGAGCUUCUUUGGGGGGAAGAAUAAAGGCCAAGGAAAGGCGUCGUCGAAAAAGGGUCUGAGCAAAAGUAAGACGCACGAUGGCCUCAGUGACAUUGGCUACGAAGACUCGGGGCCUCUUAAGGGCCCCUCGAAUGUCGGGGAGAGUUUCCCUUCUCCACAGCUGCCGAGUUCUCAAAGCGCCCUCUUGGCAACGGAGGCCAACCUGAGGGUCAAUUUCAUCCGCCCGUCAGCCUCUUUGUCUGGAAGUUCGGAGGGCUUCGAGAAGAAACCCGCCGGAGAGAAAUCCUUGUUCCUCCCUAGGCCUAAGAAAGGGCUGAGGGGGUUCUUCAACAGCAUUCGGCGCCACCGGAAGAACAAAGCCACCGAGCCGGAGAAGACCGAGCUGCAAGAAUGGAGGUCUUGCGAUGUCGUGAUAGAAACCGGAGUCAAAGCAGAAGAACAGAAGAGUGUGAAGACUCACGAAGACAAGGAGGACUCCGGAAGGUCUUCUCCUUGUGAUGUUUCUCCAAGCAUCAAUGAGCCACAGGAGAAGGAACAACCACCAGAAAUUGUAGGAGAUGCAGUGAGCGGAGGAGAAGUCUCUCGGGAUGUGGAUUUGGACACAGAUGGCGUCUUCUGUACCACCACAACUUAUCGUGACCUUCCUGACACUCUUGAGACAGAGUAUCCGGACCGCAGCCCCCCGCGUGUGCCUUCCGGAGAGCAGCUCAACUUGUUGUUUGGGGACGUGACCUCCCUGAAAAGCUUUGAUUCUUUCACUGGCUGCGGGGAUAUCAUCGCCGAGCCGGAUAUCGACAGCAUUGCGGGGAGCUGUGCCUCGGCCGAGAGGAGUAGAGAUGCCGGCAAAAGGGGUUCCUGUCUGGUGACUUACCAGGGCGGCGGGGAGGAGAUGGCCUUGCCGGACGGGAUUGAGGAGUAUCUCCAGCAGGUGUGGGAAGGGGCCGUCAAAGCAGGAGAAGCCUAUGAAACACACCUGGAAGAAUGUGAGCGUCGGGGCACAGACGGGGCCAAGCAGGAAGCUCGACUCUACGCGGAAGGUGUGGAUCUCUUAACACCGCACAGCGACCAGCAAGAGUCUGCUCCCAAUAGUGACGAAGGUUACUAUGACUCGACUACUCCAGGUCCUGAGGAUGAAGCUGGAGAAGGGCUGGAGGAAGUCAAGAAAGACCGCCUUCCAAGGGACAGUUACAGCGGUGACGCGUUGUAUGAGUUCUAUGAACCCGAUGACACCCUCCUGAGCCCCUCUCAUGGAGGUGAGUCCUGGUUCGAUCCUAAAGCAUCCCCUCCGGACAUCGUGAGCCACUUCUUUGACUUUGGUCUCCGCGAUCAGAAGGACUUGGUCGAGAUGAUGGGUCAGAAGAGGGAGGUGAUGGAGACGGAGGAGGAACGGAUGGCUGCCAUUCAAAAGCAGCUGCUGUUCUGGGAGUUGCAGAGGGAGCCUGCCUUGAAACACCUUGAGGUGCUUCGCAACACUCAGUUUCCCAGGGAAAAACAGCACGGCGAAUGUAACCCAAAGUUGGGUGGCCUAUUGGGGGAAAGCCAAAGUUGCCUAAGUUGCGAGGAAGCCUCCCAGCAUGUCGCAGCCGAGGGUCUCAGUGCUGGAAAGGCAGCAGAGAGCCGAGAUCACAAAGACCUUCAAGAUAUGCUGUGCCUGGAAAAACGGUACAGCCCCAACUGCCUUAUGCAGUUCAUGGGAAAUGACUCGGCCUUGGAUGCCGAAGUGGAGCGUAUGGUGCUCGAGUCACGUGGUUUAAGUGACUUGGCCCUGGAAAAACCAGUGGCUUAUCCUUUCUUUCAGGAUGACGGCUGCUGCGACUCCCCACCAAGUGAGCAGCCCAGCAGAGCAGAGGCGGACCGGAGAGAAGCCCUUGAACCGGACGGUUGCUGCGAAAUGGAGCAGGCUGUCAACUUCUCCCAAGCUUUGGUGGAGUUCACCAGCAGCGGCACCCUGUUCUCCAGCCUCUCUGAAAGCCUGGGGAGCUCCGACUCUGGGUCGGCCUUCACCCAGAACCUUCCCGCCCUCCCCACUAUGGUGACGUUUGACAUUGUCGAUGUGGAGCAAGACGGGGAAGGCGAAUGCGAGCAGCACCUGGAGAGGAACACGGGCGAGGAGCUGUCCGCCUCCUUCGAGGCCUUUGAGGAUCGCUGCUACGUGCCGAAGGAAUCCUUUGCUGAAUGCGACGAGCGAAUGUUUACCGGCUCUUUCCAAAGUUGCAGUUGGGGCAUCGCCAGCCUUCCCCGCCGCCUCCGCCUCCAGGAGUUGUGUCCACCGGCACCGGAGCCGCUCUCGUUGUGCCGGAGGAGUCGCUCCCUCGACACCGAGAGUUUGGAGUUUGAGCUGGCGAGCUUGCAGCUGUCCAAGAAUGGCUUCAAGCCCUGCGAGCUCUGGUCUCAGUGGAGCGGCUGCAGAAAGGACCCUGCUUCUCCGGACGUUGGUCAGGCGAGCGCUCCGUGCUCUCCGGCUGGAAAAGGGGGAGACGGCGGGACCCUUUCUUGGCCAGGACUCCAGAAUGUACCCAGCGGGGAGGUAUUUCCCUCGCAAGGUGCAAAACUGUGGGGCCGAGAGCUGAAUGCACAGGCCUUGCGGAGUGUAUGGGGUGCACUGGAAGAGCCUGGCCUGGUGCAAAGCUCUGUUGGAAAACCCCGCGCUGAUGGGGAAAUGGGGUUUCCCAUGCCGAGACCAUCUGACCUGCCCCUUCAGACUCUGCAAGGCCCCCAAGUGGGAUGUGCCUCCCAAAGGCCGAGUGCGAGUGGCAGUACGGCUAGGAAACUGGCUUGGGUUCUCCCUUUGGGAGAGAGACCCCCAAACUUCGAUUUUGUCCCUUCCCCGGAGAAGCCGGCUGCUUACAGACCAAUGGAUGUUAAUGCAAAGAAUGUCCCGGCUUCCCCACAACGCUGAGGCCACCGUUGUAAGGGCAAGGCAUUGUGGGAGCUCUGAAAUCAGAACUGCUGGAUUUGGGGAAAUUCCCCGGCUGGAUUUGGGAAUGUCAUUGUGAAUGUAACAAAAAAGCCAAAUAUUUUUGGCGGGGCUAAAAGGGGGCAAACUUAACUAUUUUGGGGAGGCUCAAGACUUGGCUAUUUGGAUGUAGUUACUUAAAUUUAGAGCAGAAGAGGGACAGAUUGAAGCCUUCUUGUGGUGCUUUUUUUUUUUAAGUCUAAUUUUGGAAUCACUUCUGCUAUGGAGUUGAGCCGCUAUUUAAUCCAGAAUGCAACAGGAAACAGGGUUCGGAGGAAGUGUGGAGUGUUUUUUUAUUUAAUACGGUCGAGUCUCGCUUCUCCGACAUAAAUGGGCCGGGAGAACGUCGGAUACUAACAGAAAAUACUGUUUUCUGAUGGUCUUUGGCGACCCCUCUGACGCC